AUGGAAAGGGCAGAGGCUGAAUUAUUACUUGGUGCCAUGCCUUUAGGUUCUCAUUUACUUAGAAGAAGACCGGACAGAAGUUUAGCAUUAUCACUUAAAGCAAAUGAAGGUGUAUUGCACAUCAAAUUAGAAUAUCGCUGCGACCGUUGGGUACUUGGAGAAGGACCUCGUUUUAAUUCAGUUGUUGAAAUGUUGAAGGCCUAUCGUCGUGUUGAAUUGCCAGUUAGAGGUGCUGAGCAAAUUCGUCUUACAAUUCUUUUCCGACCGGGGGAUAUGCCAGGAAGGGGGUUAUUAUUGCUCUAA